UCUUUUUUUUUUUUUUUUUUUUUUUUUUUUUUUUUUNUUCUUCUUGAGCUGUAGAAAUGGUGGGUAGGGGAAAAACACUAGGAUCUGGUGCGGCGAAGAAGUCGACAUCUCGUAGUAGCAAGGCUGGACUUCAAUUCCCUGUGGGUCGUAUCGCUCGAUUCUUAAAGGCCGGGAAAUACGCCGAGCGUGUUGGUGCCGGAGCUCCGGUCUAUCUCGCCGCCGUUCUUGAAUACCUCGCCGCUGAGGUACUUGAGCUAGCUGGGAACGCAGCGAGAGACAACAAGAAGACACGUAUAGUUCCACGACACAUUCAGUUAGCUGUGAGGAACGACGAGGAACUAAGUAAACUACUUGGAGACGUGACUAUUGCCAACGGAGGAGUUAUGCCUAACAUCCACAAUCUCCUUCUCCCCAAGAAGUCUGGUCCUUCCAAGCCUACCGAGGAAGAUUAGAUAGUUCUAUUACGACGAAAGACAUGUAAUAUCUGGAAAUUGGUUUAUAUCAGUUAAUGCUUAGGACUGUUUAAUUUUCUUCUUUUCAUAUUUGUUGUUGUUAGUUGUUACUCAGCUCAGCAAUGGAAGCUCUGUGGUUUGUACUAGUUGUAAGGAUAAAUUGUUUCACUUUGUGUGAAUAUAUUAAAAAAAUGUGUUCUUAAAA